UCUAUGUUGGUGGACAUUGUCAAUUCCUUUUGACACAUAGAAAAUAUUUAGUGCCUGUGAACGCUUUAUCUUGUGUCUGAAAACUCACAUUCUGAAUUUCUCUGACAGAGAGGAAAGUUGAGAUUGUAAAACAUGGUCUUUAAGGAAUGAUAUCUCACCACUGAAUCUGUUAGAAUAUUUCUGGUACUUUUUCAACACAAAUAUAUGAAGCUUUAGUUCUGCUAUAUGAAAAAGGCAUUAAACAUCAUAAUAUAGUGCCUCAAAGCCUAUAUUGAUUCAAGGAAAGAGUCCCCUGCAUAUUAUUGUGUUAAUUCCCAAUUAAUAUGAGAUAAUUUUCUCUGAUGAGGGUCAAGUGAUAACCAGAUCUGUCAGUUUACCACUAUAACUUCUGGACUCAUUUUAUUUCAAUUUUACUCCAGUGGAAGGAGAGAAUAAUUUUUAUGGAUUUCUGACAAAUCUAGUCUCAGCUUCCUGGUCGUUUUAGGCAUGUAGGGCAUUUAUUUACUUCAUGGAAUUAAUCGUAAUCCUUACAAGUAAUUGAUUACUCCUAUUAAUAAAUAGGCAUGAUGACAAAAUUAGGAAAAGAGCAGACUUCUCUACCUGUGCUGUUUUUUGGCAUGUAGCUAAUGAGUGUGAGGCAUUUUGUUCUUGCUGGAGUUAUAUGCUGAUUUCAUUUCUAUGACAUGUAGUCAUUUCCACUGAAGCUUCUAAUGAGGUGCAAUGUGAAUAUCUAUCUGCUCUGUGAUGAAUAAAGUAUGUAGGAAAUUCAAUAAUAGCUUAUCACCGUCAUAUUAGGAAAUGUAUCCCUGAUUUGGAAAUGGUUGUGAAUCAGUGGUGGGGGACUAUGGGAGGUUUAAUCUUGCAUUUGACCUUUAUAAUUGAUAUUUAAGUAUGAAAGUAUAAUAAUAUACCAUCUUGAUAAUGAUAUUAGUGACAAUUACCAUACUUAUAUAUUAUUUCUUUUAUACUACAAGUUUAUAGUUGCAUUUGUGGAUGAAGAAUGAAUAAAAUAAUGAAUGGCCCCCCAAAAAAUUUGUGGGUCAAUUGGAUUUAAAAUGCUUAGACUUGUGUGUCUUGGUGAAAAUCAUUUGGCCAAGAAGUUAACAAAAUAACACUUUACUGACACCUGAGAGAAAACUCUGAUUCCCUUUCUUGUUCUAAGAUGUGCAGUUUUCACAAUAUCUCCAUGAUACAUUUGAACCAUACAAAUUACUAUCAUAUAUGUACAAAUGGUUUUGUAUGUAUAUGUAGAUACACCUCUUUCUGACAAACAUUUCGAAGUAGAAAUAUAUAUGUAUAUAUCAAAAUACAUAUGCAUACAUGUGUAUGCAUCUUUGAUGUAGAUGAGCAUUUCUCACAUAUGUAUUGUAUUUAUAUAAAUCCACUCUUCUUUACUUUUCCUCCUGAAGCACCAUGUUUGCUCCAGGAUAUUCCAAAAGAAACACUACUUCUUAGUGAAUUUAUAUUUUUUCAUACAUACACAAAUAUAGUCAGAAUUAAAUGAUGCAUUGUAGAGAAUGUGGUGAUAAUUAAUGCAUAUUUUUAUUUUUGACUUUGGAAUUGAAAGGCCUCACAAUGUCAUUUUAAAAUAACCUGUGUCUAUCUAUCUUAGCAUCCAUCUUUUCUUCUCAGCUUUUGUGCUUAGUGUGUCAAGCCUAGCAAAUUUCCACUACACACUGGCAUGCAGAUAUGUGUUGUCAUGCUGCUACCCUUGUUUGGUUGCUUCUUUACCUUGGAAUAUAUUUUUGGUUGGUAUUCAUAUUUUCUAAACAUUGGGGUUUGAAAUUUGCUAUCCUUCUUAGAAGACAAUUUUUCUGCAGGAGGAAUCCUGUUCCUUAGGGUCUUGAAUUGUAUCUUAGCAUUAAGUAACACACUUUCUUUGCCCAGAAAAUAUGUUGAGUUGUGUGGAAUUAUCAGAUGGCUGUAGACAUGACAUUGUAAGUACAUAGCAAUAUGUCCAGGUAUGGAAUUUAGUACUAAUGCUGUAAAAUGAUGUCUUUUUGAAGAGUUAAAACUGAAGUUGCCUGUGGGUAUGGGAUAUAUAGAAAACUGUUCAAAUGGCAUGCCUUCAGAGAUGUUGCCAAAGAAGGAGUGCCUCUGUGUUCACUAAUUCUUAGCCUUUAUGUAUCAGAACAGGUUAAUACUUUGGGAAUUAUUUUUCCUCAUUUAAAUGAUAUAUGAUUCUUUUGAUAAAAAAAAAUUAAAUAUUCAGUCAUGUCUGAGAGAAACAAGGAUAUAAUGCCCUAGGAUAUUCUAAGUCCUGGUAAGCUUUAUAUUUGAAUGCAGUGGUACAAUCAAGUCUGACUUGAUGUAUUCAGUUGGGUAAGCUGUGAUUUUAUAUGAACAGUCCAUCAUGAUGAUAAUGAUGAGUAAAAUAAUAACUAUAUUAAUGGUCCAGGGGACUAUUUCUAAGCACAUACAAUGUAAAAAUUAGUUUAAAAAAAAUCCCAGAUAUUCAUCUGCUUAAGAGGCAAGAUGGCGACAGGUGGCAGAGCAGAGGAAGAUCUGCAGCGGGGCCGCCUGCAGAUGCUGCUCCCCGCGCAGCCUAUGGCCCAGGCAGAGGAAGCCCAGGGCACAGGAGAGAAGAUGGGCUGGGCGCAGGUAGUAAGGAACCUGGCGGAGAAGAAGCACGACUUUCGUGAGCCUUGGCGGGGAGAAGGAAGGGGCAGAGGUGCGGUUGUCAGGCUGGGCAGCCCCGCGGGCCUGGCCGCUCCGAACCCCGGCAACUUCCCACCUGCCGGCCGCGGGGACCCGAGGGGCUACAGAAGAGACCCUGCGGGCUACGCGGCAGAAGCUUUCAGGAUGCAGGGAGCCGGAGACGCGAAUCAGAGAAGGAUGGCCCAGGUGGCGGCGGCGGCAGCGGCGGCAGCGGCGGCAGCGGCAGAGGCGGCCAUGGCGUCCCCCGCCAGGCCCGGUGCGACCAAAGACGCAACUGCAGGGCGACCACUGCAGGAUGAGCCUCCAGCCGCCAGGCCUGGUAAGAGCCGCUUCCUUGUGCGUAUCUGUUUCCAGGGAGAAGAGAGUGCCUGUCCGACCCGGGAUUUCGUGGUGGGCGCGCUCAUCCUGCGCUCCAUUGGCAUGGAUCCUGGGGACAUCUAUGCUGUCAUCCAGAUCCCUGGCAGCCGCGAGUUCGAUGUGAGCUUCAGAUCUGCAGACAAGCUUGCCCUGUUUCUCCGCAUCUAUGAGGAAAAGCGGGAGCUGGACGACUGCUGGGAGAACUUUGUGGUGUUGGGGCGGAGCAAGUCCAGCUUGAAGACCCUCUUCAUCCUCUUCCAGAAUGAGACCGUGGAUGUGGAGGAUAUCGUGACCUGGCUCAAGCGCCACUGCGAAGUGCUGGCCUUGCCAAUGAAAGUGACUGACAGGUUUGGGAUCUGGACUGGGGAGUACAAGUGUGAGAUUGAGCUGCGCCGGGGGGAGGGCGGGCUGAAGCACCUGCCUGGGGCCUUUUUCAUGGGAACAGAGAGGGGCUACAGUUGGUACAAGGGGCAGCCCAAGACGUGCUUCAAAUGUGGUUCUCCGAACCACAUGACCGGCACCUGCACGCAGGAGAUGUGUUACAGGUGUGGAGAAGAGGGCCACAAGAGCCCUUACUGCCGGAAGAUCAUCAUGUGCAACCUCUGUGGCAAGAGAGGACACGUGUUUGCCCAGUGUCCCAAAGCAGCUCAAAAUUCCGUGGCAGAUCACCUCACAGGCAUGGCUGGGCACUGAAUGUGUGUCUGCCAGCCGGGGUGAACACACAGCCAUCUUACCCUUCUCAAGUGCCAAAACCUUUUUUUUUUUUUUUUUAAGACCAUUUUUCUCUUUUUCGACGGAGAUUAUUCCUAAAACUUAACAGAGACAUUCUCUCUAUGCCUUUUAAAACCACGUGUGCUCCUUUUCAGGCUGUUUAAAAAGAACUCUUCAGAACUGUAGUGUGCAGAUAUAUUUCUGUCCUCCCCCACCACCACCUUUUUUCUUCCGUUUUACAUUAGUUUUGGUACUUUCUUCAACACCCUGUCUGCCUAUGUACUAUUUGCUAACUCCCUCUUCAUCCAAGUCUCAUCAGAAGAUGUUUGCCCUUUGGGCUGCCUUGCUCAUUUUAUGCCUCUUGCCUGGGUACAGGGCCCAGAGCGGAAUAGGCAUUCACCUAAGUGUUUAUUGAAUCGAAAAUGUUGUCGACUAGCUGUCUAGAGUGCCUACCUUGUGCAGCUCUCUGCUGGGCUCUUUCCAUUUGUGGCUUCUAUGUGAUAUGAAAAUUUGUGAAAACAGUGUUGCUGGAAGUGUGUAAUCCUAAUAAGCUCUGAAAGGUGGCCAAGGGCCUCCUGAAGCAUUUAAACCUAUCUCCCUUGUGACAACUCCUUGUGGCUCAGAAGCCUUAUUUCUGUAGAAGCUUGGAACCUAGGCAGUUCUUCUAGGAAAGAACCAAGAGGUGUUUUUUGUUAGAUUUUCUUUGGGGGAGCUUGCUUUUGUUUUGUGUAUUGAUUUGAGACAGGGUCUUACUGUGUAGCCCUGACUUGUUUGCAUCCC